AUGACGGAAGCGGUUCACAGGUGUGAAGGAUUCAGGAAGCUAAAACUGUCCGUCAGAGGGGAGUUCGGGGACAACAUCAAUGUGGAAGUAAUGGAUGUUAAACAAAGUCAGGACAUUUUCAUAGAAAACCUCCUUCCCCACAGCAAUUAUUCAAUCACCAUAUCAGCGGUGAAUAAUCUGAAUCUUGAGGGUCCAGUGUACACACUUUACGGGCUCACACCGGAAGGAGUUCCACCAAAAAUGGAACCGCCUAUCGUUGUAAGUCGAGGCCACGACGUCGUAGAGUUGUAUUGGGAAGCACCACGACCUCCUAGAGGAAUCAUAACUGAAUAUGAUAUAGGAUAUGCAAUUGGAGGAGAAAACUGGAAAGAAGCUAGCGUUAACCCCGGUCUCCGGGAGAAAUCUAUCGAAAACCUUCGAUACAAUAAAACAUACCGGUUUCGGAUUCGUGCAAAGACCAUCAUUGGUUUCGGAGAUUAUAGUGACAUCAUACAAACCAUAACAGUUGAAGGAAAACCUGGACCACCUACUAACUUCACCACUACACGCCGGUCGGAAACAUCUUUAGAACUUUCAUGGGGAGAGCCGUUUAUAAGAAAUGGGCUAAUAACUGGUUACAAGAUUGAAUGCAACGCAGAUGGUAAUAUUGACUUACAACAGAAUCUAUCCAUGCCUACAAGAAGUCAUGUUUUCACCAAUUUGGCAGCGGGGACUAGGUAUACGUGUAGUUUGAAAGCCGGAACGUCGGCAGGGUAUGGAGAGUCAUCACAGCUGGUUACGUGGACACACCCUAGAGCGCCAAAUGUACCUCCAACUGAAAUUCCCGAAGAAACACAACAGAGUAAAAAGAACAAUCCACCUAUCGGUGGCGUCGUUGGAGGAGUUGUUGCAGCCAUAUUGGUUGUGGCAGGUGUGGCUAUCGCAGUUUUGGUAUAUAUAAGAAGGCGGGGGCGUGGAUGCGAAGCCAACCGUCCAAGUGGUUCACCUGAAAGAGAAAUGACGACGUUAAAUCUAAAGAAAGACAGAGGAGAUUACGAACUUCCAAAUAACCCUCUGCCGGAAAACCCCUACAUGGAACUCAACUGGGAACACUCGGAUGACAGUGUGGAGAAGGGCACAGAUAUUUCCAUAGAUCAGUAGGACACAUACUGUCACGGCGUAGGGAUUUUACGUCGUUUUAAUUUUCAUGCGCCAUUACGUUACGUCGCGUUCGUUUUGUGAAACAAUAAAAAUUUGACCGAAAAAUGUCAAUAUUAUCUGCAGAAGUAAAUAUCUAAUACUUCCAAUCAGAGGGUAUAUUAAUUGGGCAUUAAAGUUUCAUACCCAUAUAAUAUUUCAUUUUGAAAUGUUUGAUUUGACCGGGUUUAUGUUCGCCAAACUAACACGUCGCGGUGACAUUUUUCCUUGGCAACAUCGUAACUAUCACUUUAAUUUACAAACUAGAGAGUGUGCGGGAAAUUCCAGAGCCUGCCUAAUGUGUUUAAAAGCCAUAAUUGUGUGGCUUAAAUUUUAUUCAAAUCUAUCGUUGUAAACAAAUGCUUUAGCUGUAUUUGUAGGAAGAUUGUGUCAAGUCAAGAUUUGACGUCAUAUAUCGGCCAAGACGAGCCCAACUGAAUGUUUGUUUACAUUUUUAUCUAUUCCCACUUUGGCGGAUAUUUGUGUUAAAUAUGGU